CUCGCCCAGUAUCUUUCUCCUUUUGUUCACUCAGCUCCACUGGUCCACAGUUUCCUGGUCAAGUUCUCCAAAAUGCUUUUCGAAUACCUUAAAGGCCAUCGGGCUUCUAGUCCUUUGUACGAGCCAUUGCAUCAAUCUCGAGAUCUUUUCGUCCACCAGAUUUAUCACGCACGUGCGGAUAGUGUCGACUCUGAUAGGAGUCUGAAGGAUAUACUGAGUGAGAUUCCUCCAGAGAAAACCGCAGCUCCGAUCAUCUUCGAUGUAUCUGAACAUGGCACGUUCAUUCUGUGGCAUGUUCGUUCAGCAAUCUCUUCUACCAACAGUCUCGAUGAUGCUUUGAACUUGUCUCGAGACUUUAUCGAGACGGCCAACCAGCGCCAGAUCUCCAUCAUGUUUAACUCUGGGGAGCAUGAUGGGGAACCAGCUCAAGGCACUAUAUAUUCCCUUGCUAUCCUCACGAAAUACGACCCAAAGCUCAUCCCUGCACUGGGACUGCCGCUGGCCCAGCAAGAGAAAAUGGCAACAGCAUGCCGAGAAUCUGAGGCAAGAAAGCCAAAGUCAGCACUCAAGAUGAAAAUCCUUUCUACCAGUGGAGCAAUCACCAUACUAGGCGUUAUUGCAAGUGUGCUCGCUAUCUUCGCUUUCUCGACUAGGUUCCGUGGCCACCAUGAACGUGCUGAAUCAGUCCACGAGUUCACAGAGUAUUCGACAGAAGGGAGCAUCGGGCCGUAUUACCAACGCCAUGUCACAACUGAGAACGCCACACAGCUAGCCGAGUCGAUGCAACCGGGUGAAUGGACACUACGCAUCGACGAUCAAGCAGUUAUUCCAACGUAUCUGCUGGACGAUGAAGAAGCGCAUUACCAGAAAUGGUUCCAGAAUAGAUACACCGAGAUGAAUAGGAUCAGGACAAGUGGUGACCACAUGAACGAGACCUGGAUUGGCAGCGAAGCAAUCGACAACGUCCCAACCGAUGGAGUCUUUCAUGUAGCUCACUGCGUUUUGGCCGUGAGAAGAUAUGUCAAAGCAAAAGAGAGCGGGCAUCAUGUUUGCGGUCGCGACAUUGACAAGGAGCACUUCAAUCACUGUAUGGAAGUGCUGGAUUGGUGGGCUUAUCCAGAGGGGAGGAAGGGUGAGGAUUUGCACAAUGAAAACAUCACGUUCAAGUGGAGGACUAAGAUCUGCUUUGAUCAAUAG